UUGACUUUUGAGAAAUAUCAAAUAUUUUUCAGUUUGCUUUUGGUAUUUAACGUGGAAGUACGUGAUGUAUUAAGUGCACUAGACGCUGAAUAAAAAGUGAACAGCUUUAUUCAUCCUUUUUAAGAAGUCUUCAGUCCAAACAAGUCCUUUUAACAACAAUAUUGAAUCAAUAUGUUAAAAAUAAAACCUGAAGAAAUGGACAGUGACGAAAACCAAGUUACUGGAGACGUUAUCGGGGAUACGGCGUACAGUGAGCGGUUUGUUUUAAAAAUUCUUUUGAAACUAGCUAACCUCGAUACACUUAAAGACGAGGUAAAUGAACAGGCUUUUGAAGAUGACUUAUGUACUUUAUGGGAUAUGACUGCAGAGAGAGAUGUGGUCCUCUUUCUCCAGAGGCAUGAUGUACUUAAUCUUCUGUCCUUUGCUUGGCCUAUAGUGGAAUCACCACGAAUGAUUGAAGUGUUGGUUGGUAUAAUCGCAAACAUGUGUUGCCAAAAAGAAGCAGUAGAUGAAAUACUCACCAUGGUCCCAUUUCUAAAAUCUCUAAUGGAAUGCAUCAAGUCUGAUGAUAGUAUGAUUCUAAUUCAGUUAAUGCGCCUCAUAAACUCCAGUUUGUUUUUGGGUGACAAUGACCAUAUUCCAAUAUGGAUGAGACUAUUCAUUGAAAUUGGCUACUCUAAUUAUUUGUAUUACAUUUUAAGAAAUUCGUCAAACAGGGAUGUGUUAAUGAAUGCCCUGGAAAAUUUCAACACAAUAUGUGCAUACUGCAAUAUUGAAGAAUUCCGAUCAGAUUUCUUUGGACAUUUUGUCAGUGUGGAAGCACUAGAGUGCUUGAUUGUUGCUUACAUUGAGGUCACAGAGAAGCACAAGGAGUUCUGUGAGAGGGAGCAAUUCGAAAGAAUACUUCUAAUAAGUAUACAAGUUACAUUGAAUCUGGUCGGGUUUGAUAAAUCAGUUGGCAUUUUCAGCGACAACAAGCGUGAUGCAUUAAAAAUGAUAUCAUUGGCUUUCAAAUACUAUGAAAAUAAACUUGUAAAUCUGAAGGAAAUAGACAUGGAUUUAGUAGAUAUAGUUGCUUCAACCAUAUCCGUGACUAACAUUUUAAACAUAAACGAGAUCAGUGAUCUGGAGGAUUACUUUAUUCAAAGUUUCAGGAUGUGGAAAACCUUGCACUACAUGCUUGAUGCUGAGGAACAGGCCAGCGAAAAUGAUCCAGAGGACUUAGUUUUACUUUCUAAUCAACUUAAAACAUCAUUAAGUACCCUCAUGUUUGUAUACAUGGAGAAAUGUAAAGAUGAUUACUUGAUGAAGCUCCUGGAUGAAAUUACUGAUGAUUUUGAUGAAAUAACUAACUUUGUUGAGGAUGAAUCUCUGCUGAAUAAUGUUAAUGAAAGAGUGACAAGCUUCCGAACUCGAUUAAAGGAAAUGGUUGAAUGUUAAAUGAAUGGAAAUUUAUGUUCGGCACAAAAUAUAUGAGAUUAUAGUCUAUUGUGGAAGUUGUUUUAAAUAUGAGGAAGACCUUUUUCCUUUUUGGAAAUUGAUGAAAUGACACUGCUUCAAUUUGUAUGCUGAGCUGGGAGAAUAAAGAUAAUUGCAUAUUUAUUUUAUUUAUUUGCUUAGUGAAAACACUGAUGAAUCUACUUCAAAAGUUACCCUAUUUAUUUAUUAAAUGAACUUUUGAUGUGAUAUGGUCCUAUAUUUUAAUAUUUUACUUUCACAUUACUAUUAAAAUAGUAUUAAGUAUAUGUUAGUCACGAAGUUUCCGCCUACAUUUUUAGUAUUGUAGUUAUUUGUAUAUAGCUUAUUACUCUAUAUACAUCAGACAAUAUGUAUAUACGAGCUUAAAUUCUACAUUAAACUAGAGGUUGUGUCUUUCUAUCAUAUAUGAAUUUCUAUUCUGCAAACAUUAAAUAAUAUUCCUAUAAAGUAACUUGUUUUUCCCGAAGUCCACUUAAUCCGAAAGUAGAAAUCAAAUAUUUUAUUUAAACGUGUAGGGAAUGAAAUAAUCCCAUAUUGUCACUGCUACAGCAGAUUGUAUCUGAAAGAUCUGAGAACGAUAUGUAAAAACAAUUGUUGAAAAGCAUCUAAAAUGUAGUUUUCAUUUUUUCAAUCAUAUUUUGGCGCCUUUAUGCAAGUUAACACAAUUUUUAGAAGACAAAAUAGGCGGUCUCAUUUAAUAUGUAUAACACUAUGUACUCACCUUAAAUUUAAUUAUAAUUAAUAAUAUCAUGCGAUAGCAGUACCGCAAAUCGAGGUACUCGUGUUUUAAAACAUUGGCCUUCCGUUUAUCCGAAAUGGUCGCUGUCCCGAUCACUAGGGAGAAACGAGAGUUAAGUGACGUAUUAUAAUUAGCCAGUGUAUUGUAUGGAAUGUUUCUUCAAUAUUGGUUGUUAAUGCUAUAAAUCUUAAUUCAUAACACAAUAGGAUAUUGUCGUACACGACUUUUAAAACAUUACCUAAUGUGGAUGUACGUUUAUAAGAUUAUAUUGUAAUAACCUUUAUAUUGUUGUAACCUUUAAUGUAUAUAUACCUACAUAAGAAAUAAAGCAUACCUAUAAGUAUUA